GCGGGGGCGGCGGCGGCCCCGCCCGGGCCCUGCACAACGCUCCGCCCCGGCGCUGCUGAGGAGCCGGGCGGCGGGACGGGACGGGACGGGGCCCGGCCCCCGAGGGCAAGAGGCAGGAGAAGGCAGUUAGACACGAGACAGACCUCCAGCCGUCGCCGGCAGCUCUCUGCCUUCUUCCAGCUCGGUUUGAGCUGGUGUGCGGGUAGGGACGAUUGCACAUGUGCAUUAACCACAACUGCGGAAACUAACUGCUGGUUGGGAAACAUAGUAAUCAUCGUAAUUAAAAAAUCAGAAUUUACAUCUUAGCUUUUUCCUAGAGUCUUGUGUUCCAGGAGAAACAACUUCCAGAGUUCUCCCGUUGUCAAAGAAAAAUCAUGUUUGUUCCUCAUGUACUGAAAUGGUUUGGACACUCAGUCUGAUUGGAAGAAAAUUGCUGAAUUAUCACUGCCCCUCAACUGUGAGAUUUAUCAUUCUUCACAUCUUAUGAACAUGCAAACUCAUGGGUAGAACAAGCGGAGAUUAACUGGGUAUUACUAAUUGCUAAUCACAGAGGCUGUCAGGGUAAAAUUAGAAGGGGAAUGUUUUGUAGAACCCCAACCCCUCUUGCUUAGUGCUUCCAGUAUUUGGUUUUCAAGUUUUUGUGGGCAGAGCCUUGAAGCAGGUUUUUUCCUUUGCUGGAACAAGCAGGUGGGGUUUUUUUUGUGAUUUUUAUUAGCAAAACACUACUGACCAAGAAGACAGGAAUGCUAACACACACCAAGUGCAGGCUAAAUCCAAUUAGUGCAUCUUGAGCUGAGAAGACGCCAGUUACUGUACGUGGCAAUUCACUGUCAUUGAAACUGGUUUCUGCUCGGUCUGUGACCCAUGAGGACAAGAGGGAGAGAUGCUGCCUCGGCCCGAGCCCUGCUCCGCCAAAGGCUCCUGCACCCAGACGGAUGUUGCUGUGGGGUCUGUUUGUCAUGGUGCCGCUCGUGGGGGAUGCCCCGGGAUGGGGCAGGCUGGGCUCAGCCUGGACAGCCAGAAGUUUUUUGCUGAAGGCAUUGGGGUUAUCAAGGUGGUCUGGUCUAGCCUGGACCUGGGGUUGGAGUUUAGACAGAAGCUGCUGUUCCCAAAGUGUUCCUCAGCCUGUGGAAAGACCAGUUCCAGCUUUAUGUUAAGCCAGGCUGGUUCAGUUAAGUUCGGGCUGCCUGUGACUGCAGUUAUCUUGGUCCAACGAUACAGUCCCACCAGCUGGCUGUAUGAACUUCAGUCUGGAGGUGUUUUUUGCAUUCACCAGUCUAGAGAUCGGGAUCUCUGGGAAACCAAGAGCAGAUCAGGAUCUCUGGGAAAUCAAGUCAAGAGUAGAUACUGGAUUAAGAGGAGGUGUGAGGCACUAGAAGAAUUACAGGCAGCAGCUCCAUCUCUAUCGUGGCCACACCAAGCCUGGGUAUUUUUAAGGCUCAGCUGUAAGGUCCCAGUAACUUCACCUCUGAAGCUGGCUCUGCUCUAAACUGGAGAGCUCCAGAUGUCCCUUCCUCUGAGGUUCUCUCUCUGACUCUAAAUGAAGUUAAGAUGUAGGUAACGUGUUAUCAGCACCUCAUCCUCUCUGGAUUCCCAGUAAUGCUGCGUCUCCUCACCCGCAGGUCCCAUCCCAGCAGUGCUGGGUGCUGAUGUGAUGCUCAGCGCUGCUGGCGGUGGUGGGAGCCGUGCUCUUCGGCAGCACUAUGGGGAAACUGCAGAGUAAAAUCAGCUUCCGCCACUCCAGAUACAGGGCCGACGGCUCCGUGGAAGAGACGGGACCUGUUCGUGCCGUUCAGCAGCACGGCCCUGCGCACGCCGACGCCGUCACUUGUGUGGCUGCUCUCCAACCAGACCUGUGUGUGUCAGGAGGAAGGGAUCAGAUCGUGGCUGUUUGCAGCUGGAGAUCCGGGGCUGCGCUGCGGCGGUUCAUCGGCCACGAGCGGGAGGUCACCAAGGUCACCUCUGCCCUUGACUCAAACAGAGUCUUCAGCGCAUCCCGGGACAGGACGGUGAUGAUGUGGGAGCUCCACGGGACUUCAGGGCCAAGGCAGCACUUCCCAGGACACGACCUGGUUGUUACGGGACUGGCUGUGAGCCCGGAUGCCUCCCAGUUGUGCACAGGUUCACGAGACAACACCGUGUGCAAGUGGGACACAGAGACCGGAGAGUGUCUGGGCAGAGCCGCUAUCUCCAGGAAUCUGGUCACACAUCUGUGCUGGGUUCCUGGGGAGCCUUAUGUCAUCCAGACCUCAGAGGAUAAAACGAUCAGGAUCUGGGACAGCCGGGAGCUGCGGGUGGCACACGCGUUUCCAGCCAAGCGGCACAUCCAGACGUGCUGCGACGUGAGCCAGGACGGGCGGUACUGCCUCAGCAGCAGCAGCGGCUCCGCCGGGGAGGGCGGCGAGGCCACCCUGUGGGACCUGCGGCAGACGAGGAACCAGGUGCGCGAGUACAAAGGGCAUUUCCAGACCACGACCUCAUGCGUUUUCCUUCCUCGGGGCCCGGCUCUCACCCCCAGCAUUGCCACGUCCUCGUACGACAGCACAGUGAAGGUCUGGGACCGAGACACUGGAGCCUGCCUGGCCACCUUGUGCCUUGAGGGAUCGGGACCUCUGUCCUCGCUGGCUGUCUGUGACAGCUCCAUGGUGCUCUGUGCCAGCUCUAACUCGGGAAUCCACGUACUCCGGAGACUGCCCGAUGUGACUCCCUGAGAGCUUCCCCUGACUGCGAGCACCAGGAGACUCUGCGCCUGUAGAGCAGCGACGUGUCUGACCACUGGGGCAGGGGGAUUUACUGGUUUCAGUUUGUGGGUGGCAGGAAGGCACUAGAGCUGUCUAGAAGAAAAGCCAAAUCCUGGAUGCGUUCAGGCCAAGUUCUCGCUACUGAAAGAGCCUCGUGCAUUUUAUUUACAAAACCUCUACACAAACAUGAUGGGGGCUAAGGGAAGAGGAGAUGAGCUGCAAGAGGCCAGGGGCAGCACUGAAGGACACCAGGGCACGGGACAGGGAACGCUCACCCUCCUGCCCUCGCUCCACUUGAGCGGAGCUGAACACGGCGUGACAGAAACCCUGCGCUGGGAUUUAUACCCCAGAACAAUGUGAGUGUAAACAGAACGUUUGUUCGUGUCCAAGAUUUCAUCCUACGCCAGCUAAGAAUGUGGGACCCUCCUGGGCCAAGAUUCUCCCGUGAAUGGCAACCUGAUGAGAAGCACCCUGGAUGGGGGGGCUCAUCCAUUAUGGCCGGGGACACCCUGGCUGUGCGGCUGACAGACCCCCACAAAGGCUCACGCAGUCCCUUUAACGGACACUGCGUGAGACACCCAAGAAGCAGCUGAGCACGCGUAGCUGGGUGUCGGGGCUUGUACACAAGACCACAAUUAAAGAUGUUUCUGUGU